AUGAAGAAAGUAAACGAACUCACGACUCUUUGUGGUAUCACUGCAUGCGCGAUCAUUUACAGUCCAUACGACACUAGUCCUGAAGUGUGGCCAUCAAAUUCUGAUGUGCGAAGGGUAAUUUCAGAAUUUAAGUCACUCCCAGAUAUGCAUCAGCAUAAAAAGAUGGUAGAUCAAGAGGCUUUUCUCAGACAAAGGAUCGCGAAAGCCACCGAGAAUUUUAGGAGACAACGAACGGAAAAUAGGGAGCUCGAGAUGAUUGAAGUCAUGUUCCAAUUUUUUAUGGGAAACAUGGGAAUGUUUAAGUCUGAAUCAUAG